UUUGACCCCAAUCAACCCUAGAAAUCAAAGUUCAAAGUUCAAACAAAACCAAUUAAAUUGGUUCGGUUUUUUUCUCUGUUUGGAUUCAACCGGAACCGAACCAAAUUCAAAUCGGAGAUGCGUCCGCACCCUAAUCCAAACACAGGGUUGGACACUAGGAUGCGGCUCUCUGCUCUCUGACUCACAAAUCUCAACGUGAUUGAUUCUGUUUGCAGCACCUAUUACAGGCAUUAUUGGUACCUUUUUCGUUUCCAUGUUAAAUUGUAGUAUACAGUUAUCGAGGACUUGAAAUUGCGUUGUGCCUGCAAGGCUGAAAAACAGCAUCAGAAUAUGAAACUUUUGCCAUUUCCUUCUCAACUGAGAUGGUCCCCGUUUGACUUCGCAUUGUGCCUGCAAGGCUGCUUGAAAGCAAAAGCCCUGAGACCUGGCAUGCAGGUCCAUGCCAUGUUGCUCACGAGUGGAACGGACAUGAACAUCUUGUCAUUGAGUUCCAAGCUUGUUGGGAUGUAUGCUAGUUGCGUGGACCUGAAAUCGGCAAGGGUUUUGUUUCACAAAAUUGAACGCCCUAAUGUUUUUGCAUUCAAUUGGAUGGUUUUGGGUUUGGCUUAUAACGGGUACUUUGAUGAAGCGUUGUCGUACUUUCGCCGGAUGCGUGAGAUUGGGCACAUGGGCAAUAAGUUCACCUUUUCCAUUGUGCUUAAAGCCUGUGUUGGCUUGAUGGAUGUUAACAAGGGGAGACAGGUUCACGCAAUGGUUUGUGAAAUGGGUUUUCAGGAUGAUGUCUCCAUUGCCAAUGCUAUGAUAGAUAUGUAUGGGAAAUGUGGAGGUAUUUCUGAUGCUUGUCGUCUGUUUGAUGUAAUGCCUAGGAAAGAUGUUGCCUCGUGGACAUCAAUGAUUUCUGGGUUUUGUAACAUGGGGAAAAUUGAGCAAGCACUAGUGCUAUUUGAGAGGAUGAAGUCGGAAGGAUUCGAACCAAAUGAUUUCACAUGGAAUGCUAUCCUUUCUGCAUAUGCUCGUUCAAGAGAUAGAAGCAAAGCUUUUGCUUUCAUCGAGAGAAUGCAAACAGAGGGUUUUGUUCCUGAUCUGGUUGCAUGGAAUGCAUUGAUUUCUGGUUUUGUACAGAGUCAUCAAACAAUGGAAGCAUUUAAGCUGUUUCAGAAGAUGUUAGUUUCAAGGAUUCAUCCUAAUCAAGUAACUUUUGCAGCGCUGCUUCCUGCAUGUGGAUUGACUGGUUCUAUUAAAUUGGGAAGAGAAAUUCAUGGAUUCAUAUGCCGGAAGGCAUUUGAUGUCAAUGUUUUCAUUGCGAGUGCUCUUAUUGAUAUGUAUUCAAAGUGUGGUAGUUUAAAAGAUGCUCGAAAUGUAUUUGACAAGAUUCCACGUAAGAAUGUUGCAUCCUGGAAUGCAAUGAUUGAUUGCUAUGGGAAGUUUGGCAUGGUUGAGCCCUCCAUUGAACUGUUUAAAAAGAUGCAGGAAGAAGGACUGCAGCCAAAUGAAGUUACUUUUACAUGCAUUCUUUCAUCAUGCAGCCACAAUGGUUUAGUGCAAAAAGGCUUAGAGAUCUUCAAAUCAAUGAAAGAAUGUUAUGGGAUUGAGGCAAGUGCACAGCAUUAUGCUUGUGUUGUUGACCUCUUAUGUCGUUCAGGAAAAACAGUAGAAGCAUAUGAAUUUCUGAAGGCCACGCCAAUACAAAUCACAGAGUCCAUUGCUGGAGCUUUUCUAAAUGGGUGCAAACUCCAUGGAAGAAGAGAUCUGGCUAAAAUGAUGGCUGAGGAAAUUAUGAAAUUGAAGUUAAAAAGAUCAGGUGGCUUUGUUACUCUAUCAAAUAUUUAUGCUGCUGAUGGUGAGUGGGUAGAGGUUGGGAAUGUAAGGAAGGUGAUGAAGGAGAGAAGUGUCAGUAAGUGGCCUGGCUUUAGUUGGCUUGAAAAGCCCGGUGAGAUUCUUCAAGGGACGAAAUAGGAGGAAUGGAACCUUAUAUCCACUGGAUUGGAUGUUACAUUACAUGAUAUGAUUGGUGAUCUAGUCAUCCUCAUUUAUCUGCAAAUAUAUCACUAAGUCUGACGUCAGUUUGGAGUUUAUCCUUUUUGAAGGGCUACUUAACUCAUUUUGAUUCAUCUUCUAGUUCUUUUCUACUUUUUGGAUACAGGAAUCACUGAUGGUUAAGUUUAUAGGAUGUAAAUAAAUCUUGAUAGAUUUUUUUUUAUCCCUUCCCAUGAGGUCACAAUGACUAUUCUGAAAAUGUACAAGAUUUGUUUGAUAAACAACUAAAGAAAGCUGUUUGGUGCUCCAGUACUUCAAGCGGGUGAACGGAGUUUCUUAUCAUGUUUCUUUAGUUGUUAGCACAUGGGACGGACACUUCAGACUUAAACAGAGUACAAGAAACUGCAUUCAAUAGCUUCUCCAAUGCUGCUGGGACCAUGCUGACCACAACCACCCACGACAGAAGUUGAUGUUUGGGUCAAUGAUGCUAUUUGAGGAUGAAACAACACAAGUGCAUAAGCUGGACUGGAUUAUUUGGGAAGGCACAUGGCUUUUCUUGAUCAAUUAAAUCUUGGAUUUUUGGACAGGUUUGACUAUUGAAUAGGAUGGCCAUGCUGCUGAUAAUUCAAACUUCUUCAGCAUGCUCCACUUUGUAAAUUAACAACUUGCUAAAGUUGAUGUCACAAGAUAGUAUGUUAGUUCUCAGGACCAUGCUAUUGUCAAGGUCUUUCUGGUUAGUGAAUACUUAAGGGCAACAUGAUACUAGUGGAAUGGAAAUUAGCUUCGGCUCUGAGUCUAUCUUGUCAUCUUGAGAUGAACUUUAUGGCUUCAACUUUAGAAAAAUAUAUUUCAUAUA